ACAUUGAUCUAACUGCGGUUAUCUCUUAACAUUUCAUCUAUCACAUCAUCCCUUUUCUUUAUUCCAACACCCGUGCAGAUCUGCAAAAGCGGUCGACGGAUCUAUAGACAUGCACAAUUUGUGUCCAAGUUAAAAACCCUUUCUGUUUCAAAGGUCAAUGAUCACCUACAUCAACUGAAGUAUGACACACAUUAAUAAAUCAGUGCUUGUUUAUGCUUUUGUCACCUUGGUGAAUAGGAACACUGCAGAUAUGCAAAUGGAAGCAUGACGAGAGUUUUCCUUGAUAGUGAAUUUGUUUACGACUAUUUGUUUAUGGUCAGGAGCUUCCUGACCAUUGGUCAUUCCUGUAGUUAAAUAUUAUCAUUAAUUUGUCAUGUAGUACUCCACCACAGCAGGCAAUUAUGUUGCCAUAUUCCUGAUUAUACUCAUAAAAACACAGUUCCUACUGAUGAAUGAAAAACUAAAAACUAAAGCAUUCUGCAAUCUAGAAUGAUUUGGUUUAAUUUGGUUCAUAUAUGUAUAAAGUAUCUGCCACCCUCAUAUUGUUACGUACACCUUAAUGAUGACCACUAUUUUGGACAACAGGUGCGGUCAGCUGAAAUCACAGCCGAGCUUUCUCCUCCUCCAGACAACACAGAAGGAUGCCCGGUCUCUCCCAACAACAACACUUUGCAUACAGAUUUCCAUAUAUUCCAUUCAUUUUGGGUGGAGGUCAUUUAGAUUUUUUCGGUCCCUUUGACUCCCUUGCUACCAAACAAUCACAACAACACUUCAGUCUGGCAGGAUCUUAUCUCUGUCUCCCAUCAUAGAGGACGAGGAGAUGGCGAUAAAGUGAGUUACUGCAUAUUUGAUUAUUGGGCCUUUACCAUUUUCAACAGGCAACAGCUUACAGCAGCCAUGUGGAAAAUACCAAGGAGGUUUUCACUCACUGGUAGAUUGUGUUGCUUUCCCAAGGAUCCACUGGGGGAUGUUGAAACUUGGAGUGAGUCUGUGGACAAAGUCCUCAGUUGUAAAGCCGGACAGAUAGCUUUCCGGGAGUUCCUGAAGUCAGAGUACAGCGAGGAGAACAUUCUCUUUUGGCUUGCCUGUGAGGAGUAUAAAAAAAUCAAGACGGUGCCAGAGAUGAUCUCCUCUGCCAACAGGAUCUAUUCAGAGUUUGUCCAAACAGAAGCGCCCAGACAGAUCAACAUAGAUUGCGGUACCAGAGAAAACAUAACCAAGAACAUCUCCCAGCCUUCCCUGACUUCGUUUGAUACGGCACAGAAGCUCAUCUACUCUCUGAUGGCCAGGGAUUGCUACCCGCGCUUCCUAAAAUCUGACAUCUAUCAGGGACUCCUGAGGAGAACAGAUUCAAGGUGACUGUUUUAAAACUGACAGCCUCUCAGACGAAGGCUCGUGAAAACUUCUCUCCAACUCUGAUCUGCUGUGGCACUCUUUGAUUUCAGUGUGGAUAACAGGUUUAUGCCAUACAAUCCAGAUCCCAAGUGUAGCAGAAAUAGCUUUUCUCAACCUGUGUGAUUCAGUAGACAGUUGCAGCUCAAGAUAAUUUUGGCUUGUAUUAUACUUUAUCUCUUUGAUCAUGUUAAUAUUCCCCAUGAAGUUAAUUGUAAAAAAAAAAUCCUUUAUUGUAAAGUAUUAUCAACACUUUAAUUGAUUAUGCAAAUAUCAAUCCUAAUAUACUCUGAGAAAUUUAAAGUUCACAUCCAAAUAAAUAUGUGACUGUAUUGUUAAACAUCUGUCUCAUUUUUGUGUUUUCUUGUUCUAGUUUUUUGAAAUAUCUUAAAAACAAAAUCCACUUAGUUACGUGACAUUUGGGUGUGGUUAUUUUGAAUGUGAUGCAAAUCUCCUUUGUUGUUGUUACAGAAGUCUCUCUGUCUGUAUACUGUGAUAUGCUUAUAAUAUGGUAA